AUGGUUCACUCGUGUUGUGUGAUUGGCUGUACGGCUCGUUGGGGGCCCAACAAAAAGUUUUUCCGCAUUCCCACCGAAAAAGACCCCGAAAAAAGAAGGAAAUGGUUACGUGCUAUCAGGCGACUAAACCCGGACGCUCCGAAGAAAGCAUGGAUUCCUUCAGCUACAGACAGAGUUUGUGAGGCUCAUUUUGUCCAAGGUUUUCCGAGCCACGAUCCGCAGCACCCAGACUUUGUUCCUAGUCUUGAAAUGGGAUAUCCUGGAUCACAGAAAUUGGUAACGAAAGAAAAAGCGGUUCAGCGAUUUGAACGGAGUGCCAAAAGACAACGAGUCUCGGAAACCAUUUCUGCUGCUGUGGCUCUGGGUGAUGAUGAAAAAAUGGACAUUGAUGCUACUGCUAACGUUGACCCCAAUCCCCCUGCUUUGGCUGUGGACAACGAGAGGGCUCCACAAACCAGCGUCAGUUGUGAUCAUGCAGAUAGACUUCAACAGCUGGAAGCAGAGACAAAGAGACUGGCAGAAGAACUUCUGGCCCAGCAACAAGCAGCUGUCUUCUACAAUGAGAAGUGCACAAAACUCCAAGAAGAUCUGAGUAGGGCUGAAUUCACAGCUAACAAUUUGACUGAGAAACAACUCAAAUACUUUACAGGUGUCAGAAAUCGAGAGCUAUUUGAUUGGAUAGUUAAAGUGGUGUCUGCUUGUAAACUGCCCUCCUUUUGCAAGAAAUUAAGCAUCACAGACAAAGUGCUCCUCCUUUUAAUGAAGCUGAGACUGGGACUACAGAACAAGGACCUCGCAUACAGGUUUAAGAUAAAUGAAGACCAAGUAGCAAAGAUAGUUAAUGUUGGAAGCUCUGUAAUGGCUGAGGCCCUCAACGCCCAUCCAACUUACUUGCUCGAAACAUCACAUACUCCAAAUACAAGCAUCACAACACAUUGA